AUGCAUCACCUCCAUCUCUUCCUUCAGACUAUAGAAGCGAUAUUUACCAAGGAUAAGACAAGUAGCCAAGAAACCUGUCGAUGCCCACACUGGCAUCGGUUGGCUCUGAAACUCGGCUGUGCUGAGCUGAUCCUGCUUGUCUUGAGCCUGACUGGACUCAGUAUCUUAGUGCGAGUCUUAGUGCAAAAACCACCAAUAAAAAAAUGCAGUGUGUCUGCUCAAGAGGUCAUGGCUGAACCAACAGGCACACCACCUUGGUAUGAAGGUCUAGCUGACUGCUCUGUGAGAGGAGCCACUCUGCUGCUCAUUGAAGAUCAAGAAGAACUGAGAUACUUCCAGAAUUUCUCAAAGAGAGAAGGACAUCAGUUUUAUAUUGGACUAAAAUAUAUGCAAGUGGAGCAGAUCUGGAAAUGGACAAACGGUUCUACUUUAAAUCCUGAUCUAUUACAAGUCACUGGCAAGGAUAAAGAAAACAGCUGUGCAGUCAUCUCACAGACAGGAGUGUUUUCUGACAGCUGUUUUGCAGACAGCCGGUGGGUCUGCCAAAAGAAACUGAAACAUGUCUGA